UUUCUUGUUCUUUUCCUUCUUGAGAACGAAAGCUCUCAAUCCACGAAUUUCCCCGUUUCACACUAAGUGCGUGUGAUUGUGCGUGAAGAAUUUUCCAACAUACCAUAUAUGUUGUGUUGUAUGUAUAGGUGUAGAGAGAGAAAGUAGGGGGGGAGUAGUGACAUAGUGAGGGAAAAAGGAGGGGGAGGAGGUGAGGAGAGAGAAACACGUAAACGGAUAGUGGCCAAGCGUACAACGAAGGAUACAGGGACGAACACGACGCACCACCACUGUCGACGACGCCGUUUCGUGUCUCUUUCGCCAAUUUACUAGUAUUAAUUUUGCGUCUGUCGUCCUCCUCCUACUAUACAUCAAUGGAUGAGUGCUCGGUUUGUUGCUGUUGAGUCUGUAAUUGGCUCGAUUUUUUGUGGGAUUUUGGUUUUAAGUUUAUUGACGAUUUGGGUUCCCUCUUUCCCGAAAUGGCGAGUUCUUUUGCCCCGGAAUUUAGCUUGGCAGGGAUUGACGAUGUCCAAGAUUUCCCAUGGCAGAGUGGAGAAGGAUCAUCAAUGUCGUGGGAGAGGUACAAACAUCUCUGUGAUCUCAUGCAACUGGGAAACAAGGCAUUUCGUGAAAAUCGAUUGGAUCAGGCCAUUGAGUUUUACUCAAGAGCCAACAAUAUUAAACCAGGUGAUCCUAUUAUUCUAAGCAACCGAUGUGCUGCAUAUCUGCGGAUCAGCCAAUUCCUUAAACACAGGCCUCCUUCUGCUUCGGAAUACCGGCCAUUGAGUGGGUUGGAUCCAACAACUCAUGCCGGCCUUGCGUUGAAGGAUGCUGAGAAGGUGAUGAGUUUGCAAAGUAACUUAGCAACAUCCUACAUUCUCAAGGCAAAUGCACUCAUCCUGUUGGAGAAGUACGAGCUAGCUCGAGAUGUUAUAUGUUCAGGCCUUCAGAUUGAUCCUCAAAACAAUUCUCUUCUGAAUUUAGAUAGGUCAACAGCCAAUACAUUUACAAGGAGAAACCAUAUAAAACCACAGCGCACUGAUGAUUAUGAUUGCACUCUUUGUUUGAAGUUACUGUAUGAACCAAUCACAACUCCUUGUGGGCAUUCUUUCUGCCGAUCAUGCCUUUUUCAGUCCAUGGACAGAGGUAACCGAUGCCCAUUGUGUCGUACAGUUCUAUUUAUUAGUCCCAGAACGAGCGCGAUCAGUGUCACAUUGAACAACAUCAUACAGAAGAAUUUUCCAGAGGAAUAUGCAGAAAGGAAAUCAGAGCAUGACAGUCUAACCUUUCCUGGUGUUGAUUUGCUGCCUCUUUUUGUCAUGGAUGUUAUCUUACCAUGCCAGAAGUUUCAACUUAACAUAUUUGAACCUCGUUAUAGACUUAUGGUGAGGAGGAUAAUGGAAGGAAACCGAAGAAUGGGAAUGGCUGUAAUUGACUCAUCUUCAGGUUCAAUAGCUGAUUAUGCAUGUGAAGUGGAGAUUACAGAUUGUGAGCCACUUCCAGAUGGGCGUUUCUUUUUAGAGGUCGAAAGUCGCCGGAGAUGCCACAUCAUUCGAAAUUGGGAUCAAGAUGGGUACCGCAUUGCUGAGGUUGAAUGGGUUGAGGACAGCUAUCCACCCGAGGGAGCCGAGAGAGAUGAUUUACUAGAUAUGACAAAUAAAGCAGCAGCAUUUGCUCGCCAGUGGAUAAAGGAUGCACAAGAAGCAGCGCAAGGAGAUAGAAUACGGCUAGCAGAGCUUUUCAAAGCAGAGGGAAUGAUGCCCACCACACGGGACCCUGAGCGCUUCAGUUUUUGGCUUGCAACGUUAACAAAUCGUAGACCAUCAGAAAGAUUAGAUCUCCUUCGGAUAAGAGAUACAAAGGAGAGGAUUAGACGAGCACUUCUUUAUAUGAAGGCGGAAGAGCAAGGAUGUAGACUGCAAUAAAGACGAUCAAUUAUGUAACAUGUAUUCUUCGAAAAUUUACAAUUGUUAAUACACCUUUGUUCAUUUACAGGCUAUUCAUAUUCUUUGAUCCACAUCUAGAAGUGGAUCACUCCCUACCUUCAGAAAUUGGGAUAAAAACAAAGAAAGAGGAAGAAAUAUACAUGUUGCUUUUGCGAGAACCUACAUUCCUACUGUAAAAAUUUUUACCAACAUACAAUAAAUAUUUGAUGAUUAUAAUCGCUGUAAUUUGCAGUUGCAUCAAAA